CACCGACCCAUCAUCAUUGCCAUCCUCCUUUCCUUCUUCCCCGGCCGCCAUUUUCCUCUCCCGACCUCACUCGUGUUUCCCACCACCAUUAAUGCCCGACCCACCACCUCCGAUCCUGCUGGCCGGCAGAGGCAGAGGCUGAGGCUCCGCCGCUCCAUCCAUCCCGGAUCUAUCCCUAUAUCACUCACCCACCUCCGCGCGCUUAGCUUCACUACUAUACUAGUGCUAGCUAACUCUUCAGCUCGUAGCUAGUAACAAGCAAGCAAGGAGGCAAGCACGGCGACAAUGGCCGGCGUCGUCGAGAAUGGCAGCGGCAGCAUGAGCACCGCGGAGCAGCAGGAGCAGGUAGCGGUGACGGUGACGGGCAGCCGCACGGUGGCGCCGGCCAAGAGCCGGUGCGCCCUGGCCACCUUCGACCUCCCCUACAUCACCUUCUACUACAACCAGAAGUUGCUCCUGUACCGCACCGCCGUGGACUUCCCCGAAGCCGUGGCGCGCCUCACGGCCGCGCUCUCCGACGCGCUCCGCGUCUUCUACCCGCUCGCCGGCCGCAUCCGGCAGGACGCCGACGGCGCGCUCACCGUGGAGGGCGACGAGGGCGCCGAGGUCCUGGAGGCCGAGGCCGAGGGCGUCGCCGUGGACGAGCUCGCCGGAGGGGACUGCGGCGAGAGGGUCAUGCAGCAGCUGGUGCCGUACACCGGCGUCAUGAACCUCGAGGGGCUCCGGCGCCCGCUGCUCGCCGUCCAGGUGACCAAGCUCAAGGACGGCCUAGCCGUGGGUUGCGCCUUCAACCACGCCGUGCUGGACGGCACGUCGACGUGGCACUUCAUGUCGUACUGGGCCGAGCUGUGCCGCAGCACUGGUCCAUUGCAGCAGCCGCAGCCCAUCCACGAUCGGUCCCUGGCCCGGUCCGUCCGCGUUCGGCUGGAGCUUCCCGAGUCCGCCGAGGCCCACGAGAAGACCGACCCCAACGGGCCCAAGAAGGCCCUGGUGGCCCGCGUCUUCUCCUUCCCGGCGCCCACCGUGGCGCGCAUCAAGGCCGCCGCCAACGCCGCGCUCCCGCCCCCGCCCGCCGCCAAGCCCUUCUCCACCUUCCAGUCCCUGUCCGCGCACCUCUGGCGCGCCGUCUCCCGCGCCCGCGCCCUCGGCCCCGCCGACCUCACCGCCUUCGCCGUCUUCGCCGACUGCCGCGCCCGCCUCGACCCGCCGCUCCCGCCCGCCUACUUCGGCAACCUCAUCCAGGCCGUCUUCACCGGCGUGCCCGCGGGGAUGCUCCUCGCCGGGCCCCCCGAGCUGGCGGCGGGCCUGCUGCAGAAGGCCAUCGACGACCACGACGCCGCCGCCGUGUCGCGGCGGCUCGACGAGUACGAGGCCGCGCCCAAGCUCUUCCACUACAGCGACGCCGGGCCCAACUGCGUCGCCGUGGGGAGCUCCCCGCGCUUCAAGGUCUACGACGUCGACUUCGGAUUCGGCAGGCCCGAGCGCGUGCGCAGCGGCGCCAACAACAAGUUCGACGGCAUGGUCUACCUCUACCCAGCCCGCGACGGCGACGGAGGCAUCGACGUCGAGCUGGCGCUGCAGCCGGAGCCGAUGCGGAGGCUCCAGGAGGACGCCGACUUCCUGCUAGCCUAGCUACCGACCUACCUACCUACCUACCUACCUACCUACCUACUUUAUUGGUAAAAUUGCAUUCAAUUCCGCAUGUAUGUUCAACCGGUUGUACUUUAAUAAUGAACCUGCUAGUGCUCGAUCUUGUGUCUUUUUUUUUUUGUGCGUGUGACUUGUAUUUGUACUCCUACUCUUGUACUACUAUCUCGUUAUUACUAUAUAGAGUAGUACGUACGUACGUACUACUUAUUAUGUACCACUACUGGACGGAAUGGAUCGUCAGGAACAGAAUAAAUAAUAAAUCUACUAAGAGUAUAUAAUUAAUUAAUUC